CUGCAAAUGGAGAUCAUGGCUUCUUGGCAAAGGGCCGAGCCAUCCGAACGUCAAAAGGAACAUCUCGCCGAGCUCCUCCUCGUCCUGACGGACUUGCUCAAUAAACUGUCCCCACUGGACAACCCAGACGGCAAUCGGUACAUCGUUGACGUCUUUGGGAGCGCGGCAUGGGGAGGUGGCACUGGCAAGAGCGGCGAUGUUGACCUGGUGAUCAUUGUGAGCGCCGUCCCGCUACCAGUUGCUCAUCCUUUAUGGAAGACACCGUCUGAUGUACGCGUCGUUGCAAACAUCAGCAAGUCGCGCAAGUUGAAGAAUCCGCACGUCCCCAAGAUCUACAACGUUCAUGUUCUCAGGUCUUAUCUGGAAAACCUAACCAUUGUCAAGGAAGCCAGAGCUGUCCCAGCCUUCACCCCCAUCGUCAAGUUCAAAGUUCCCCACAUGGGCUUCCAGUGUGACAUUUGCACCAACGAUCUCGGCGGCUGGUACAAUUCGGCUCUCAUUCUAGCGUACUGCGAGAUUUCGCCCUUCGUUUUGCGCCCCAUGAUCCACACCCUCAAGCUUUGGCUCCAAGUGCACAACCUGAACGACCCCUCUGGCCAAACGGGUCUGCGGUCCAUGUCCUCGUAUUGCCUCACUCUUAUGUCGAUCGCGUACUUGCAACACAUCGGUGCCCUGCCCAAUCUUCAGGCAGGCGUCGUGGUACCGACAUCCGCCGAUCCCAGAAUCGCCUCGAAGGACUCGAUCUGGCUUUCGUGGGGGAAGGAGCAAGGCGAUAUCGCUCACGUUUGGUUCAAGCGCCGACCUCCGCCUGGAUGGCAGCCCAGGAGGCCCAGCCUUACAGCUGCCGAGGCCGUACGCGGCUUCUUUCAAUACUUCAGCCUCCUCGGGCAUGAUCAAUCCUAUUUCAACCCCAACUCCCAGAUUGUCUCUAUCCUCAAUGGCGGUAUUAGCUCACGACGUAACCCCGUGGCCCCAAGUGAGCGGGAUAACACUCCCCGUGGCGAGAGCGCGCUGACAGCACAGGAAGGGGGUACUGGCGGUCCCAGUACGGCUCCGACCAUCCCGGAGAUCUCUGGGUAGGCAAAUGUGACGUCCACCAGCCGACAGAGUGGGACGAUCAGCAGCUUAUUGUACAGGAUCCCUUCCUGUGGCAGAAAGUGGGUACAAUCUCGACUUGCCGCUGACUGGUAGAAUUGCGCGAAGACGCUCUUCAUAGACAAGCAGCACGUGCGCUUCUUCAAGUGUGCUGCAGACACUCACCGGCUUUCGAAGAGGCAUGGGAGCUCGCUGACGCUCAAUCAUGUGUUGGGUGCCUGAGUCUGAGAGAGAACGCCAGAGGGAUUGAAUACGCCUGAUAUGAGGUGGGCUAAUUGUACUCCGAUAUUCGAGAUAGCGGUAGCGGCGAGUUUAGUGUCGUGGCGCGUGAUCAAGAGUAAAC